AUGCUCACCAGCAGAAGUACGGCACGAGCCCUCCUGGGCCGCAGUGCUCUGAGGUGCAGUGUCCGCCGCGGCUUCACCACAUCGUCAAGACGUGUUAGCCCCGAGGCUUCGGCGUCUAGUCAUGGCAGCUCCGACAAGACUUCAGGUUGGUCUGGAUCAAGGGUAUUGGCUGUUGCUGUUGGGGCCGGAGCUCUUGGUUGGGGAGUCGCCAAGUCUCGUUACGCUACACUGUCCGAGAUGGAAAAGGCCAUCCAUAAAAUUGAGAAGGAGGUUGGUGUCGAAGGCUUCAUCUCGACAGAUCCUGAGGAUCUGCAUGCCCAUGGCUAUUCAGAGUGGUCGACCGUCAACCCUGACACCCUCCCCGUGGCAGUGGCAUACCCUCGUACAACAGAGCAGGUAUCCGUCAUAGCUCGCAUCUGCCACGAGCACCGUGUGCCCAUCAUCCCCUACUCUGGCGGCUCGAGUCUCGAGGGAAACUUCUCAGCCCCUUACGGAGGAGUCAGCGUCGACUUUGCUUACAUGGACAAGAUUAUCCAGUUCAACAAGGAUGAUAUGGAUAUUGUUGUCCAGCCUAGCAUUGGGUGGCAGGAUCUUAAUACGCAAUUAUUGAAGAUGGGCAGCGGGCUCUUUUUCCCUGUUGAUCCUGGUCCGAGUGCCAAGAUUGGCGGCAUGAUUGGGACAAACUGCUCUGGAACCAAUGCUGUGAGGUACGGUACCAUGAAGGACUGGGUCAUCAACUUGACUGUUGUCCUGUCUGACGGACGCAUCAUCAAGACAAGGAGAAGACCACGCAAGUCAUCGGCUGGGUACAACUUGAACGGACUUUUUGUUGGCUCCGAGGGAACCCUGGGCCUCGUCACAGAAGCCACCCUCAAGUUGGCCGUCAUCCCUGAGGAGUAUUCGGUUGCCGUCGUCACAUUCCCCAGCAUUCGCGAUGCCGCGGCCGCAGCAGCAGGCGUCAUGCAGACAGGCAUCCCAGUUGCCGCGAUGGAGAUCAUGGACGAUGUGCAGAUGAGGGUGAUCAACCUGGGCGGCGCUACCAAGCCGCGAAUCUGGAAGGAGACGCCGACGCUUUUCUUCAAAUUCUCGGGCACCAAGGAGGGUGUCAGGGAUAACAUCACGCGGGUUCAAAGGAUCACGGCGGCCAACAAGGGCGGCGACUUUGAGUUUGCGCGGGAUGAGCGCGAGCAGAAGCUACUGUGGUCUGCGAGAAAGGAGUCGCUUUGGUCAAUGCUGUCCUUGAGAAAGAGUGGCCAAGAUGUUUGGAGCACUGAUGUGGCAGUCCCCUUUAGCCGAUUGGCUGACAUUAUCGAGGUGAGCAAGAAAGAGAUGGACGAGCUCGGUCUUUUCGCUGGAAUCCUGGGCCACGUCGGUGACGGAAACUUCCACGAAGGCAUCAUGUACAACAAAGAUGUGCCCGGAGAACGUGCCAAGGUGGAAAAGUGCGUCAAGAACAUGGUACGACGGGCGCUCGACAUGGAGGGCACGUGCACGGGGGAGCACUCGAUCGGAUGGGGCAAAAAGGAGAGUUUGCUGUGGGAGGUUGGGCCUGAGACGUUGGCAAUCAUGGCGACGCUAAAGAGGGCGUUGGAUCCUCGAUGGGUUAUGAACCCAGGCAAGAUUAUGGAUGUGCCGUGGGAGAGGACCGAGUAUCCAGAGGCUGAGAUAGCAGUGACUCCCAACAGGGUUGUGAGGGGCGAGUGA